AUAUGACCAGCACCUGUGUAUAUAUCUCAUACAAUAUAAUAAAACACAUUGGGCCUCAGUAGCUUUGACUCCUCUUCAAAGAGUGUAUUUGUGCUUUUCUGAAAUGAGUACUGUUUUUACAUUUUACCAUGCUGGAAGCAACGAUUCACCAUUUUCAGUUGGAUUACUUUUUUUUUGAGUGGCAUCAAUCAAUCUCUUGUCGUGUUAUUGCUUCAUAAAUCAACUCUGCAACGGUUUGUGAUCGUUUAGAUUAACAAACAGUUCAGGUUUACCUUUACAAUCAAGAUGGUAAUUUCUGUAGUAAGAUUACUUUUACAGAGAUAGAGUAAUGUAAUUCAUACAGCAGUGAUGAAGAAUGUUGUGCUGCUGAUUUUUAGAUGAGUCUACUUGCACUUGUGUUAUAUUAUGGUAAUAGUAUUGUAUCAUAUAGCGUCAGCUGUGAUUUUUUUUGUCCAUUUAAUGUUAAUAUUGGUAUGAUCUUUUCUCUAUUGUUGAAUUGAUAAUACUGUAAAACAAAUACUAAUUAUGUAGGCAUACAUUUUUAUCGGCCGGGAAAGACACUCCAACAUCAACCUUUUUCUUCAUUUCUUUUGUGUGUGUUCUUUCCAUUCAUGUUGUGACAUGAUUGUGAAACUACUCUGAUAUCGUCAUGACCAGUGAUAAUCAAAGCUCAGCAGUUGUCAAUGAUUUACAGGCUAAUACCAUCAAGGCUAAUGUGUGCAAAUCUGCAUUAUCAGUCAUCCGCAUUGUUGGAGAAUUUAUGCCAAGUAUGAUAUUGUCCUGAAGCAAUUUUAUAAAGCAGGUAAUAUAAAGCAGGUUUGUGAAUUAACAAGAGGAACAGGAUUUAAAACAGUGUUUAUUCAUAUUUUGACAAGAAAGUACCAAUUACAUUUAAACAAAUGUAUGUAAUUACUAGGUCAUGUGUCGUUGGCACAUUUCUUAUAGGGUGUCCACCUAUUCUUUGUAAUUUUCACAUUUGCUAAUACGUUUAUCAGCAAAUGUGAUAAUUGCGACUUGAGCGGGACACGUUUAUGGAGUGCGGGGUUAUGAAGAUUAAGUAUUUAGUCUGUGUUGUGAAAAGAAUGUAUGAUAUCUCUGUCAAAGGUUUCACAAGGUGAUCGUAUUGAACAAACACUGUAUCUGUUCUUUGAGUUGCUUUUGCCAGACAUACUAUUGAACACUUGUUAUUGGAAGUGUAACUUUUAAAUGUGUCUUUUAUCUACUUCCUGCGGGAAGCAGUUCUGCUUCAAGGGAGUGUUUGGCUUGACUUAACCUUUCACAUAAUCAUAAAUAACAUACUACAUUGAAGGUUUCUGGUCAUUAUUUGGAAUUGUAGCUUCUCCAUCAAGCUGUCAGAGCUGCCAUGGAGCCCACACUGUCACUAACUGCAGUGAGCAGAGCCGGAUAGUUACAGGACACUGGUCGGAGCUGGGCGAUGCUACGCUAUGACUGGCCGGUCUGCAUUCAAGGGGCGGGACUUGGCGAAGGGUCCAUUGUAGAUGGAAAGCAUUAGUGUUGUGCAGUUAAAAGGUUUGCAUCUGUAUUAGCAUAUAAUGAACACGCAGCUGCCUGCAUGGACUUGAAUGAGCCAUUGUGUUGUAUUUUCCUUUCAUUUGUCUUGUUGGACGUUUGGCUCUGAUAUUGUUUUUCCAACUAGAUAAAGAAACAUACACUGUCCCUGACAAUUAGACAAACCUCAUUGUUUCUCCUGCUUUAGCUGUCGAACAAACAGCAGACUCCCUCCUAGAUGGAGUUUCAAAUCGACCAGAAUGGAUAUUCUAGCCUCCUGCCUUCAUCCCUUUUAUGUUUAUGUGUAUUUUGAGAAUGUGUGCCAGACUGAUGGUACCAUAGCAACUAGCAUCAGGUGGAAACAUGUCUCAGUGUUUUUCUGCUGCUGAGUCAUGCUCCCACAGUGUGUUAAUAAGGAUUCUAGACAUGGACAUUAUAAUAAAAUCAAACUAAAAACUAUAGUUUGCAAUAUUGGCUGUUACAUUUAAGCCGAAUAACAAUCUAUUUAAUCAACAUUAGAAUAGAUAGCAGAUAGGAUUUGCAAAAACCACAUCCCAAUUUCUAUCGGGGCUUAAUCAUAUCACUGACAAAUAUGUGAUUAAUAUUUCAUGCUGCCCAAACUUAAUAUUUAGGUUGUAGCUACAGCCUUUUAACAUGGUUUACCAUUCAGAAUUAAGGUAAUAUUGCAUUUUUAGCCAGAACAGAAGCAGAUUACAAAUCUAAGCAGAGUUGUCAGACCUCAAUGAUACACCAUGUGUACAUUCGAUGAGAAACACUGAAUGUACACAUAACCUUUGCCUUAAAGGGCAUCUUUAAGCAGAGACAAAUGGCCAGGAAAACAAGUUAAAGGCAAAGGUUAAAACACGCGUUGUGAACAAAAUAUCAGGACCCAGCUGACAAUAAUGCAAUCUCGUAAUAAACCCCAUGAAAGAAAAACUGAUAGGGCUCAACUUUUGAGUGAAAGUAAUGUUGACUCAGCUCUACUCUGCCACAAUUCUAAGCCUAAAAAAAGGUUAGGCUUUUAUUGUAGUGCUAUUGCACUGUGUUGUUGUGUUUGUACUGUAGUGUCCAAUCCCUGAUAAUUAAUGGCAUACUAAGACAAAACGAGGAGAAAUGCUAUUUUGGUUGCUCUUGUUCACCAUGAGUGUUCUUCUAAAUGGUCAAAGGGAACCUUAACAGUCAAAUCUAAAACACUUGUAAAAACAAAUGGCGCCCACACUAGGAUCUGCUAGGAAUGUAAUUAAAGCGUAGAGAAUGAUUAGAUGAAAUAUAACCUCUGUAAGCUUUCAAUAUUUACAUUUUUUGCCACGGUCUGUCCUUUCUAUUGCCUUUUAUGUUUAAUUUUCCAACAACAUAAAGGCAGUGCGAAAAGCUGCCUCAACUCUUGGAUGCCAGCGGCUCUCACAGACUAUUUUAAUUUUGGGUUAAUAUUCAACAAAGAAAAUUAACUCAAUAUAUAUAACGAGUCAUUGUCACUACGCUCAAUUGCAAUAUAUGUGCCUCAUGGUGGAAUACAGUUUGUCCAACCAGAUGUUUUUGCUUGAAUAUUAUAUUUCUUGAUUCGUGUAUCCUGACAGUUAUAGAUGGAUACCGUAAAGAGUUACUCAUCACUCAAGAAACGAAACAAUACUUUCCAUGACGCGGACAUUUCAGCUGUGAGGUAGGCUUACUGUACUAUCGGUAAAACCUCUAACAUAGGUGUUAUAAUAACUCGUUUUUGAAAUGUGAUCAAGUGCUUUUCUCGACGUUGGUGUUGCAUGUUAAACAGUGUGAACUGUGGCAAUGGGUCCAGGAUGUGCAGCAGUGAUGUCGAAGGCACAGGGGGGUAUGUUGUGUCCUUCUUGGGUUGAGACCGGUCCAUUUGAACCCUGCGGUCUCUAUCGGCUUAUUGUUCAGCUCUGGCUGCGUCCCUCUCCAGUGAUGUCACACAGCAUUCCAGGGAGCGGAUAAAUGAGUUAGUGUUAGGGCAGAUGAGCAGCAUCGUGAAUGCUGCUGGCAAUAGUGGGUCGAAGGGCACAAGUAUAGCAGUGCGACUGUGCAAACCCACUCGCCAGCACUCACCAGGACACCUACACGCGCCUUCUCCAAAGCCCUUCGUCCAUUGAAUCCUUUUUAAGUGUGAUAGCCUGUAGAUCAGGAUAGGUUGUCAACAUGUUGCAGUGAGUAAUGCACCGAGUGCUGAUAUUAAUAAUGGCCCUCUGGGGGGCGCAAGGAUGCCCCAAUUCAGAGAGCUGCCCGCCACUGCAGACCAAUGUCACCUCCAAGGACUUCUGUUACAAGGCUCGGAUCCGCAGCACAGUGCUCCAGGGCUUGCCUUUUGGUGGGGUUCCUACCGUCCUCGCCCUCGACUUCAUGUGCUUCUUGGUGCUGCUGGUUGUGUUCUCCUUCUUGAGAAAAGUAGCAUGGGACUACGGACGCCUCGCGCUGGUGACUGACGCUGACAGAAGAGUGGAUCAACGGUACAGUCGCCUGGAUGAUCGGGAAUACAUGGCCUCUGCCAUGACAUCAGAGGCAGCUGAACGCUACGAGCGCCUCACUUCUGUCUCCAGCUCUGUGGACAUUGAUCAGAGAGACACAGGUUUCUGCUCCUGGCUAACUGCCAUUUUCCGCAUCAAGGAUGAGGAGAUAAGGGAGAAGUGUGGUGAGGAUGCAGUACAUUACUUGUCCUUUCAGCGCCACAUCAUCGGCCUGCUGGUAGUGGUGGGCGUGCUGUCAGUGGGCAUCAUCUUGCCCGUUAACUUCUCGGGAAACCUACUUGAAAACGAUGCCUAUAGUUUUGGGCGAACUACUAUAGCAAAUUUGAAUGCAGAUAAUGCACUACUCUGGCUGCACACCAUCUUUGCAUUUCUCUACCUGUUACUAACGGUGUACAGCAUGCGACGGCACACCUCCAAGAUGCACUACAAGGAGGACGACUUGGUGAAACGCACUUUAUUUGUCAAUGGAAUCUCCAAAUACGCAGAGGAAUCUGAGAUAAAGCAACACUUUGAGCAGGCGUAUGAAAACUGUGCUGUACUGGAAGCACGUAUCUGUUACAAUGUGGCCAGGCUGAUGUAUCUCAACUCUGAAAGGAAGAAGACCGAGCGCAGCAAGAAAUUCUUCAUUGACUUGCUGGCCAAGGAGCAUAUUACAACCAUGAUCAAUCCAAAACCCUUCGGACACCUUUGCUGUUGCAUCAUCAAAGGCUGUGAGCAGGAAGAGGCAGUGAGCUACUACACUAAGCUGGAGGCCCAACUAAAAGAAGACUACAGGAAGGAGAGAGACAAGGUUAACAGGAAGCCCUUAGGAAUGGCCUUUGUCACCUUCCAAAAUGAAUCCAUAACUGCCACAAUCUUGAAAGACUUUAAUGCUUGCAAGUGUCAGGGCUGUCAGUGUCGUCGGGAGCCCAAAAGCUCUCGAUUCAACGCCACGCUCCACACACACAACUGGACUGUCAGCUACGCCCCUGAUCCGCAAAAUGUCUACUGGGAGCAUCUGUCAGUGGGAGGAUUCUUCUGGUGGAUGCGCUGCCUAAUCAUCAACAUUGUCCUCUUCCUCCUCCUCUUCUUCCUCACCACCCCGGCCAUCAUCAUCUCCACAAUGGACAAGUUCAAUGUUACCAAACCAGUCGAGUACCUAAAUAAUCCAAUCGUCACCCAGUUCUUCCCCACCCUCCUUCUGUGGUCCUUCUCCGCCUUACUUCCUACCAUUGUCUACUAUUCUGCCUUCUUUGAAGCCCAUUGGACCCGGUCAGGCGAGAACAGGGCCACGAUGCAUAAAUGCUACACCUUCUUGAUCUUUAUGGUCCUGUUGCUGCCUUCCCUAGGACUCAGCAGUUUGGAUGUUUUCUUCCGCUGGCUUUUUGACAAAAAAUUCUUGGCCGAUGCUAAAGUGAGAUUUGAGUGCGUGUUCCUUCCUGACAAUGGAGCCUUCUUCGUGAACUAUGUCAUUGCGUCUGCAUUCAUUGGUAAUGCCAUGGACCUGCUGAGGAUCCCCGGUCUACUUAUGUACAUGAUCCGCCUCUGCCUGGCUCGCUCUGCAGCAGAGAGGAGGAACGUCAAGAGGCACCAAGCUUAUGAGUUCCAGUUCGGGGCAGCUUAUGCCUGGAUGAUGUGUGUCUUCACUGUGGUAAUGACCUACAGCAUCACCUGCCCAAUCAUCGUCCCUUUUGGGCUGAUGUACAUGCUGCUCAAACACCUCGCAGACAGGUACAACAUGUACUACGCCUAUCUGCCUUCCAAGCUGAGCAAGAAGAUCCAUUCUGGAGCGGUCAACCAAGUGGUUGCUGCUCCUAUUCUCUGUCUCUUUUGGCUCCUGUUCUUCUCCACCGUCCGCUCAGGGUUUUCAGCUGCCACAUCUAUGUUCACGUUCAUAGUUUUGAUCAUCACAAUCAUCAUCUGCCUAUCUCACGUCUGCUUCGGACACUUUAAAUAUCUAAGCGCUCACAACUACAAGAUUGACACCCUGGCGGUGGACGGGUUGGAGAAUGGCCGUCCAGUGUGCACUUCUGCCGCCAACAAGGCAGCACAAAUGUACAUUGCUCAGGUUCUUCAAGACCCAAACUCAGAGGAGGCUGGUUCAGGCACUGGCUCGGACGGCCAGGGUUCCUCGCAGGACGAGGAAAUAAUCAAUGUCGAAAAUGGCCUGAAUGAGGACUUCCAGUCCGGUGAGGACAGCCUCAUCGAUAAUGAGGUUCGACACUGAUACUGCCUGGAGCAACAACAAAAAAAUCUCCUGAGUUUUCCUUGAGGAGUGCACUGAAUAUGUGAAUUAAACUAGGAACCAACCGUUCUACAAAGCAUCUCAACCUCCAUGGAGGGACUUGACACUAACAUAAGCACACCGUCUGCUAAGGAUUGGAUGGAUUGUUGCUCAAGGACUCCUGCAUUUUCUUCACUGGAUCUCACUAAACCACAUCUUCUGUCUGUAUACCUGCAGAGGGAAUCUACUCUGACAAUGCAAGGCCAGCGACGUCCUUCUGCCCCGUUAUAGCUGAGGCAAAUCCCCCCCAAAAAACUGCACAUGGACCCAUGAAAGAAAGACACUAAUGCACAAAUGAAGAAUAGUUUGCCUUGUUUUGUAAGGGAAGUGAUGUUCUCUCUGUAUUUUCUUUGAACAUAAUUGCACUUGAAAGAGAGGACCUGUCCCAAGAGCUCGAGUUUCACUAGGGUACUGUAGUACAGCAUGCCUUCAAGUUCAAAUGGUGGAGGGAUUUUUCUAUAGUCCUUUGCCAGUGUCUCUAAUUGUCUGCACUAAAUGCUUCCCCUGAAUAAGCAGCUGAUGCGAGAGGAGUUUUCCAUACCACCAGACAGCUUGGUCUGUGCAGAUGUGGUGGUCUCAAAGACUUUUUUUUUUUUUUUUUUUUUUUAAAUCAUUGCUACUAACACUCAUGGAUGCUUUUGACACUGUACAGCUACAAAACUCUGGAUCUGUAAAAUAGCCUCUUUUUUUUGACAUGGUAUUUAUUUGAAGGCAUUUAAUUUUAAAUGCUAUCAAGAUUGAUACAUCCCUGAACUGUGGAAUUUGGGUCUACACUACAUUGAAUAUGAUCAUUUUGGCAUUCAGUCUCUGAACAUUUGGGGGGGGGGCAUGCUGCUGCUGCUGCUGCUGCUGCUGCUGCUGCUGCUGCUGCUGCUGCUACUUACUGAUGCUACACCCGGUAGGGGGAAGUCCUUGCACGACUGCUGUAGGAGGACUGGAGGCCAGGAGCCUGCCGAUCCUUCUGUGUUGCUCAGAGGAUGUGGAGAGAGGCCAUUUUGGGGGGGGGGGGGGGCUGGGUCAGCUUCACAUGAUACUCAUUGUGACUGGUUCUCUUUAUCUGUUGUUUUUCGUUUGUAACUUUUUGUCCAUAUGUUUACGUCGUCAUGUAGCUAUUUUGAAAUCAGUGUAGGUGGCUCCAGGUCCUCUCCAUUUUCAUCCAGCUGCUCCAGUGGUCACCGAGCAGUGUAACGGUUUCCCAUUCGCAAUUACUCAAUACGUAGUCAUAAAUUGUUUAACUCAUGUUAUCAACAGAAUUGCACAAUUUAUCAGACCGGCAAGGCCACUUGAGAGAGGUCCACAUCUACUUAAAACUUUAAGUAUGAUGUUAUUGAAUACUACUAUGCCCCUGCCAUUGAAAUCAAAAUGGAAUAUUUAUUAAUUAUGUCUGUUCUUGACUUUAUGAAAUCAUCGUUCCCCCCCACAGUUGUACAUUCCAGUUGCAGAUCCAGUUGUCAGGCCUGUGACAGAGCAAUAGUAUUGUACCACAACUCCACACUCGAUCUUGGUCUGCCUCAGCCAUAUGAAGCGGCUCCUUUUCAGGAGUACUCGGACAGAAACGCAUACUUAAACAACACUAACGGCAAGUAACGAAUAAUAAUGUGAAACAAAGUGCCCACACAGCUAUGACCGUGCUCAGGAUCUAUCAAGCGUCUUGUUACCGUCAUUUCAUUUCUCCCCGAGUCGAGACGACACUAUGAGCUGCCCCGUUAAACAUAAAGAAGAUCGUUGGUGAACACGGACAAGUGAUGCAGACAAAUGACCACUACAGUCUGUCACUGUGGACCAGUUAUUGUUGUUGGGCCGUAAUAAUGAACAUGUAUUAUCCAGCUGCUCACAGAACUAGUGUGUGAAAUGUGCACUAAUCUUACUUUCACUGAUAUGAUUGACGGAGAAGGGCACACCCCUUGUGGGUGUAAUGACGACAACUAAACUGUUUCCAUAAUUUGUCCAUGGGUAUAUUGGCACCACAAAUGGGUUUAUCAUUAUGGUACUAACAAGAGAAUUGUUUGACACCAUGGAGUCUGGUGCUCUUCUAGUCAUGACGGGGUGGUUUUAUUUUAUUUUUAUACCUCUGUGAUGUCUUUAAAUCUCUGAAUGUGUCCUGUCAAAAUAACAUCCACGGUCCAUCCCUGAGGGAGAUACUUAAAUGUCUCAUGUUGUCUAACAGCUCCAGUGUUUAAACGCAGAAUGUAGGUUAAUUCCGCAACUUUUGGUAAGUUGAAAGUGGCUAUAGCAAAUAGCAUGAUGGCUGUAUUUACACAGCCUCAAUAGGACGGUUCACUAGCUAACCAGAAAUGAUACGUUUUGUACUUAUAAUUUAUAUAUAGAUCUUCCUGGUGUCCAGAGCCAUGGCAUGGCAUACCAUUUGAGAACAUGAUCUACAUUUGUCAGUCUGAUAGUUGCAAUGAUUUCCAGUAGUCUUUUUCUAACUGCUCAUGAUGAAUCCUUUUUAUUUUAGCGUAUCUUCAUAAGAUCUGUACAGAUAGUGGGACUCAUUGAACAUAUAUGGAUUGUUUAUGUAAACAGCCAAGCACUUUCUAAUAGAAGUUCUCAGCUUGUCUCUACAGUGUGCUCAGAAUGGGUAGUUACAUGUGUAUCUGUGUCUCAAAUCUGUGCGCAAUUAGAAUGUGUUUGUUUGUGUGCUUUGACUUUUUUAUAGUUUUACAUUUUUCUAGAUAGGAAGAGUAACUAUAGCCAAUCUCAGCAUUUGACCGUCUCAUUUUCUUAUUCUUUCCACAGGGCCGUCAGUAACAGAUGUAUUGUACCCCCUCCCCCCGACCCCACCCCAGGUCUUUGAACAAUAAAUCUGUAUUUAAUCCUG